AUUCAAAUUAAUGUACGUAAAGCCAAUAUCCUCUCUCACUCAUGUCGGUAGAUACUAUGUCCGCAUCAUAAAGGACUUAAGUGUCAUUAAACAGAUUCAAGCUGGAUCUACUGUGCUUGUCGGUGGAUUUGGGUUGUGUGGUAUACCUGAAUGCAGCAUCAAUGCAUUGAAAGAGGCAGGAACAAAAAAUCUGACAGUCGUAAGUAACAACUGUGGGACAACUGAUUUGGGAUUAGGAUUGCUUUUGAAUAAUGGAUAAUUAAAGAGAGUCAUUGCAUCAUAUGCAGGAGAGAAUCACAACCUAGCCAAGUAAUACUUUAUUAUUAACAAUAGGUAAUACUUUGAUGGUACUUUGGAAUUGGAAUUAGUACCUUAAGGAACAUUGGCAGAAAAAUUAAGAGCCGCAGGAGCUGGUAUCCCUGCCUUUUAUACACAUACUGGUACAGACACUGUGGUUGAAAAGGGAGGCAUUCCUAUCAAAUAUCAUAAAGGUGGUGAGAGUGUAGAAAUUGCUUCUACACCAAAGCCUGUAAGAUUUUAUUAUAAUAAUUAGGUUGAAUACUUUAAUGGAAAGAAAUACAUAAGAGAAGACUCUAUUUGGGGAGAUUUCGCUCUUAUUAAAGCAAAUAUGGCUGACACCAAUGGUAAUCUUAAGUUUGUGGGGACUGCCAGAAACUUUAAUUAAGAUAUGGUUAAAGCAGCAAAGGUUGUUAUUGCUGAAGUUGAUACCAUUGUACCUGUAGGAAGCUUUGGUUUUGAUGAGGCACAUAUAAAUGGAAUUUAUGUGGAUUAUCUCUAUCAAGGAAAUAAUUACUUAAAGACAGUUGAAAGGCUUGUUUAUGACUAAAGUGUUUAUGAUAAACAUAAAGGUAUAAAAUUGAAAUAAUUUUAUAGAUAUCAAACCUUAAGGGAAAUUAAAUUCAACAAGAAACAGAAUUGCUAAAAGAGCAGCUUAAGAAUUUAAAGAUGGAAUGUAUGUAAAUUUGGGUAUUGGAAUUCCUACUCUUAUUCCUGCUUUCCUUGAUAAAAGCAUGACUAUUCAUUUCCAUACAGAAAUAGGAGCUAUUGGAGUUGGUCCCUAUCCUAAAUUAGGUUAAGAAUUAGGAGAUCUUUCAAAUGCAGGAAAAGAAUCAUGUACUCUCAACCCAGGAGCAACUACUUUUGAAAGCAGUGAAUCAUUUGGUAUAAUCAGAGGAGGACAUUUGGAUAUGACUGUUUUGGGAGCUAUGCAAAUUACAAAAUAAGGGGAUAUUGCUAAUUGGGUCAUUCCAGGAAAAAUGGUUAAAGGAAUGGGAGGAGCUAUGGAUUUAGUUGCAUCAGGAUCUAAAGUACUUGUUGUUAUGGAACAUACCGCUAAAGGAGAAGUCAAAUUUGUUAAAGAAUUAUAAUAUCCAGCAACAGGAAUGAAUAAAGUUAGCUAAGUCGUUACAGGUAUUAAACUAGUUUAUUUGUUUAGAUAAGGCUGUCUUUGUUAAAAGAGAUGGACAAUUAGUAUUAACAGAAAUUGCAAGUGACACUACCCUUGAAUGGGUCAGAGCAAACACUGGUUUUGAAUUAACAGUGGCAGACGACUUAAAAUCCUUCUAAGUUUGAUUUAAUAUUAAGUUAUUAUUAUAUUCAUAUCCUCAC